AUGGUGGCCAGAUCAGCCCAUGUGCCUGAGCGGCGAGAGCCCACCCUGGGCCUCCCCCAGCUCUAUGGCUACUGCUACCAGGACAGCGAGGACAUCCCGGACACCCUGACCACCAUCACGGAGCUGGGCGCCCCUGUGGAGAUGAUCCAGCUGCUACAGACGUCCUGGGAGGAUCGAUUCCGAAUCUGCCUGAGCCUGGGCCGCCUCCUUCACCACCUGGCCCACUCCCCGCUGGGCUCUGUCACUCUACUGGACUUCCGCCCCCGACAGUUUGUGCUGGUGGAUGGGGAGCUGAAGGUGACGGAUCUGGAUGAUGCACGUGUAGAGGAGACACCGUGUGCCAGCAGCGCCAACUGUAUACUCGAGUUUCCAGCCAGGAACUUCACCCUGCCCUGCUCAGCCCAGGGCUGGUGUGAGGGCAUGAACGAGAAGCGCAACCUCUACAAUGCCUACAGGUUUUUCUUCACAUACCUCCUUCCCCACAGUGCCCCACCCUCACUACGGCCUCUGCUGGACAGUAUUGUCAAUGCCACAGGAGAACUCACGUGGGGGGUGGACGAGACGCUGGCCCAGCUGGAGAAGGUGCUGCACCUGUACCGGAGCGGGCAGUAUCUGCAGAACUCCACCGCAGACAGCAGAGCUGAGUACCAGCGCCUGCCAGACAGCACCAUCCCCCAGGAGGACUACCGCUGCUGGCCAUCCUACCACCACGGAAGCUGCCUCCUCUCCGUGUUCAACCUGGCUGAGGCUGUGGACGUCUGUGAGAGCCAUGCCCAGUGCCGGGCCUUUGUGGUCACCAACCAGACCACCUGGACAGGUCGGCAGCUGGUCUUUUUCAAGACGGGAUGGAGCCACGUAGUCCCUGAUCUCAACAAGACCACAUAUGUGAAGGCCUCUGGCUGACCUGUCUGAGGGCUCAGCUGACCAUCCCCGCCCGCUGGGCUUGCCUGCGAAGGGAGUGACUUGCACUGGCAGCAUUGCAUGUCACCCGGAACCGCUACAGACAAGGCUGACAUCCCAGACAGACGAAGGUGACCAGGACAAUGUGCAAUAAUGCCAAAUGUUAAAAUGUGAGUUUACCAGUCUAGGUAUGGGACUGCUGGCUCCAGGGCUAGAAACCCUGGGGGGCUGGCGGCCUCUGCAACCCUCUGGGCUGCCAGCAAGGCUCAGGCUGGUCUCCCCUUGGGGGCUCUGCCCCUCACUGGGACAAUUCCGUGGGCAGCCCCAUCACUGUGUUCAUAGUGUGAGAAUGUAGCCAAAGCCCCGGCUGCUGCUGCUGCUGCUGUUGCUACAGGUGCCAUGGCCUAGCGGGCGCUGCGUGGGGACAGUCGGUCACAGAGUGUUCUCUCCGCUGAGCUCCAGACAGGAGACUUGACGGGAUGCUCCAGGAAGUCAGUGAUCCUGUACUGGGGAGGCCACCUCUGGCCACCCGACUGGGGUUUCUCCUGGGCCAGCCCAGGGACAGGGGCAGAGGAGCACACAUGGUAUGAGCCAAGACGUGGGGUCGAGGAGCAGGUUGCGGUUUGAGCCAGGACCUGGAGUGGGGGUGGGGCCAGGGCCUUUCUGCCUCAUUUGCUUUCAGUGAAAGCCGAAAAACAGCCAAAAACAGCCUCUCCCUCCUCCUGGAGUUUGUAUAUCCAGAAGCUUUUGUACUUCUUGUUCAUUAAAAUGUUUAUUUUUGUAAAAAAAAAAUCAAUCAAUUAAUAAAAUGACAUUUCACACGGUAA